GAGUGCAUAGUUGGAAGCCUAACUUUUUCUUCUCUCCUCGAGCUCACACUCCCACGAACGUUGAGGAGCCCCCCAAAAAGCAAAGAAAAAGGACAAAUGUCUGACGGAGACGACGUUGCGGUGGAGCUGCCGCAGAUAUGGCAGCUCAUUCACCCCACCUUCAACCGCGCCGACGACAGCGGGGAUGAGGAGGAGGAGAACGAGGACGACGGCGCCGCGGCCGGAGCACAGAGGCAGCAGCCCCUACACCACCCCGCCGACUACGUCAAGCUGAGCAAGUCCGCCCCCCGUCUCGGCCAGCUGCUACGCUUCCUCAACGACUUGGAGGAGGAGGAGGAGGUGCAGGCGGUGCUGCUGGAGAAGGACCCCAUCACUCAGCAAACGCUGCUGCAGUGGGCCGUGCUGAAUGAUCACUUUAUGCUGGUGGAGUACUUGGUGAAGCGCAUGCGCCGGGCGGCCUACGCGUUUGACCCGGAGUCGACGGAGGUGGUCGUGUACGACCGCUGGUUGGAGAUGAAGGAUGAGCUGCCCAACGCGGCCGAGGUGGCGGAGCGGCAGAAGCAGCGCGAGAACGAGAAGGCAAAGCGAUUGGCGGAGCGCGCGAUGGCGAACCGGGGGGACGAGGAGGAGGAGGAGGAGGAGGACGAGGAGGAGGAGGCGGAGCCGAUGCCGGAGGACUUGGUGUACGAUAGCCUCGAGGACUACCACGAGGAGUGGGGCGACCGGGGUGUCGGCAUCGUGAAGCGCGUUGGGGAGUUGGGCGUGUACGUCGGUCCUCGUCUGGCGGACGGCACCAAGCAGGGCCUCGGCCAGAGCCUCUUUCCCGGUGGCGACUGCUACGCAGGGGAGUACAAGGAAAACCAGCGCGACGGUCGCGGCGUGUACUGGUGGUCGAAGGCUAACGCCCUGUACACCGGCGAGUGGUUCCGCAACAUGCGUCACGGCCACGGGCGCAUGGUGUACCCCGACGGCUCCCGCUACAUCGGCCGCUGGGUCCACGGCAAGCGCAGCGGCGUCGGUCGCUACGUGUACCGAGACGGCAGCAGCUACGACGGGUCGUGGCUCAAGGACGAAAAGCACGGCAGCGGCACCUUUAAGCUGCUGGAUGGAUCGUGCUUCGCCGGCACCUUUGAGCACAAUCACUUCGUGUCGGGCGAGUGGCGACUGGCCUCUGGCACGGUGCGCUACGUCGGCAACUUCGAGAAGGACGUCCCGGUCGGCGCGGGUGCCUUUGUGCACCGCUGCGGGCUGAAGGUCGGCACCUUCCAGCAGGAGGGCGCCUACACGGAUGGGGCGUGGGUGCCGAGCAUGCUGAAGGGUACGUCGCACGUGGUGCCGCAUAUCGAGUUGGCGACGCGGCAGCCCAAGAUGGCGAGGGUGCCGAUGGAGUUCGGCGCUGACGGCCGCGGUCGUACGAUGGCGGACCUGAUCAAAGUGGCGAACUUCCCGCCCCUGCUGCGGUGGGUCGCCGCGCUGCCGCCGCCCGAGAAGGACCCCCAGCACGGCGUGACUCUGAAGGGCGUGGAGGUGCAGUCGAUGCGGUACGAUGCGGCGGAGGUCGGGGUCGUGGCGGAGGUGACCAUCCUGCCCAUCCUCGUGGACAUCGCCGGGAAGCGGGUGCACCUCCCGGACGAGACGGUGACGCUUCGGCCGCCCACCACACGGCUUGUGGUGCUCCUCCGCACGCCAGACACGGAGGCGGGCGCGGUGGUGCUGCUGGAGAAAACGGCCACGCAGAGCCGGCUGCCUUUCAUCCGCAUCGGCGAGGAUACCCGCGUCGACGGUGACGUCGUGUCCAGCGUGGGCCGCGCUCUGCGUCUGCAGCUCGACUCCACCAAGACGAUGGCGCUUUUGAUGCCGCCCGUGCGGAGCGACCCGAUGCACAGCAGCGCCGAGGAGUCGGUGUGGCUCUACGCCCAACAGGUCCACCCGGACAUGAUGGCGCAGCUCCACGGCAAGCUGCAGAAGAUGACCGAGGAAGGCAGCUCCGCGACGUACGAGGCGGUGGCGCUGCCGGAGGUGGCGCGCCUCUCCACCGAUGCGAUCACGGCGACGGCGGCGGCCCAGAUAGAGCAGCGCCGUGCCGCACAUACGCUGCCGGCAGCCACGACGGCGCCGCAGCGCCCGCCGACGCCGCCGCCGCCGGCGCUAGAGCCCCGCCCGGAGUUGCAGCCGCUGUACGACGCGAGGGCACGCCGUGACGAGGCCGAAGCAGAGCACUAG